UCUGUUAUUGUGGCAAGAAGACGGAAGUGCAAUUAAAUAAAUAAUGGGUGGACAUCACGGCGAACCCUACACAGUGCCACAUCCAUCGGUCUACAAGGUGGAGAAUGUGCCCCAAUUGCUUGAGGUGAAGGAGGCACUCGGUCGCCAGGGCCUCAGUGAUCCAUGGCUGAGGAACGAGGCCUGGCGCUAUGAGCCGAAUGCAUUUGGCACACACGCCUCCCGCCUGCGGACGUUCAUGUUCCGCGGCCUGGGCAUUGGAUUCUCUCUGUUUCUGGUCACCAUUGGAGCCGAGUAUGCGCUCGGCAUUGGCAAGGGCCAGGGUGACCAUGGUCAUGGGCAUGGACACGAUGACAAGAAGGAGCAUUAAGCGUUAAGUGAUUUUAGUUGAAUAAAAAUAAAAAUGAAAUUGCGCUUCGAUAAA